AUGCUACAAGAAGAAAGUCUGCGUCAGAAUGAACGUGAUCGUAAACAAAUGGCCGAUAAGAUCAGCAUGCUGGAACGUCAAUUGGCAGCCGCAGAAUGCGAUAAACGUGAAGAACAGGAAAAACUAUCCAAGAUGCGUCAAUCAGAAGCCCGAUUGGAGGAGGAACAACGUUUGAGUCGUCGUGCUUUGGAUGAGGCAGAGAAUAGGAUCACGCAACUGGAAGUGGUACGCCGUUCGUUGGAGGGUGAGCUACAACGAAUUCGAAUGUCUGUGGCAGACAAGGAGGCAGAGAAUCAAAUGCUGCAGGAUCGAUGUGCCAAUUUGUGCAAGCAAAUUCAAGUACGGUAA